AGAAGCUACCCGAUGCCUCUGGAGUUGAAGACGGGCCGCGUUGUUGCCGGGAUGGAACACCGCGCGCAGACGAUGCUUUACACGCUGCUCAUGGCCGAGCGGUACAAGGCGGACGUGCCAUCUGGGCUGCUGUUCUAUACCCACACGGAGGAGGUCGUCAAGGUUCCUGCUGCAAGGCUCGAGUUGAAGGGCUUGAUACUGGCGAGGAACGAAAUCGCAGGCUAUAUGGUGCGACGGCAUCGAGUCGUAGGCGUGAAAAGAGCACAAAAUACAGGACACCAGGCUGGAGACGAUCUGGAUUCUGAAUCCUUCUUGCCGCCUACUAUCGACGAUGAGAGAACUUGUAAACGUUGCUAUGCCCUGGAUACCUGCAUGCUUUACAGAAAGGCCGUCGAGCGCGUCGAAGAUCAUUCCUCGCCCAUAGCAGACAUUUACGCUCUAAAGACAGCUCAUCUCACCCCGACGCAGUUGGACUUCUUCAAGACGUGGGAAGCCCUGAUCUCCCUUGAGGAGCAGGACCUCAUGCGGUUCAAGAAAGAGCUGUGGACUAUGGCUGCCAAGGAGCGCGAGACGAAGGGUCGUUGUUUCGCGUGCAUGGUCAUAGACACGUCUUACUGUCCACCAGCGCCCAUUGCUGCCAGUCAGAAGGAGGGAAAGAUACAUCAGCACACGUACAAAUUCAUCCGGAAGGUGACAGAAGAAGGCACCUCACUGCUGAACGGGCACAUGAGCUGUGGCGACGCCGUCACCAUCUCAGUGGAACCUGACCUUCUUGCCUUGACUCGUGGGUUUAUAACGGAACUGACACCUACUGAAGUGGUAGUCGGUGUCGACCACGAGCUCAACAUCAACAAUAUCCUGUCACUAUGCAAUGUUCCUGCUACACUCUCUCACGAUCCCUUUUCCUCCUCUUCAAGCCAGGACAAUCGGGUAGUAUUCAGGAUUGACAGGGACGAGCUCUUCAGUGGCAUGGCGCGUAUCCGCGAGAACCUCGCGCAAUUGUUCUAUGUCGAUGGCGACACACGAAGACUUCAACUUGUGGUUGACCUAAUGCCGCCAGAGUUCGAGGAUAACAUGGAUGAUGACGCUACCGAGCAGGUUUCCGCUGCCACUCAUCUAAAUGAGCAUCAGAAGGAAGCAAUGAAGAAAGUCAUGACCGCUCAUGAUUAUGCGUUGAUACUUGGCAUGCCUGGUACUGGCAAGACCACUGUCAUCGCAACCAUAAUAAAGGCUCUGGUAUCUAUGGGAAAGACGGUCCUCUUGACCUCAUAUACACAUUCAGCUGUUGAUAAUAUCCUGCUGAAGCUCAAGGGGAAUGUCGACUUCGGUAUACUGAGGCUGGGUAAUGUAGACAAGAUUCAUCCACAUGUCCAGGAGUUCACUCCCGCUGCUAGACAGCGAGCUAGCACGGUUGAGCAAUUGGAACACCAGCUGAUAACCCCGCCGGUCGUAGCGACAACUUGCCUGUCUAUCGAUAAGUGA